AUGGCUUUCCGCCUGACAUAUCGUCGUCAGUGCCGCUACAACACGAAGUCCAACAAGCAGCGCGUUGUGAAGACGCCAGGCGGCCGUGCAGUGUACCAGGCGAUCAAAAAGAAAGCCAAGGGCCCGCACUGCGGUGACUGUGGCAUGGCCCUGAUCGGCCUGCCGCGUUUGCGCCCGGUGGAGUACAAGCGUCUGAAGAAGCGCGAGAAGCGCGUCAACCGCGCAUAUGGCGGAUCUCGAUGCGCCCACUGCGUGCGCAGCCGCAUUGUGAGGGCUUUCUUGAUUGAGGAGCAGAAGUGCGUCAAGCAGGUCCUGGCUGAGAAGCUCUCCCAGGCCAAGGAAAAGGAAGGCGGCAAGAAGAAGAGCAAGAAGUGA